CAGACGGCCACCCUUCUUGGGUAAACUGUAGAUACUGUAGCCCCUCAGCUGUCAGGGAAAGCAGGCUUCAGCCAUGUGCUCAGACCCUGAGCAGGGAUCCACCAAAGACCAAGGAGACCUGCCAUCUUUUGGUCAUCGUGCUUCACAAUCUCUUGCCUAAACUGGCCCCAUGAUUUAGUUAUAGUCAAGGUAGGUCUGUACAGAAGAAAAGUCCAGAUUUCCCACUCCUGACUGAAAGUGAAUUUGGUACUACCAGAAUUGAGGUAUUAAGAAUGCUGGAGAGAUCCUGUGUAGCGCCCCCUUGUGUGGAUGAGGAAUGACGACGCCCCUUCGAUGAGAGCCAUGGAGCUGAAAGUGUGGGUGGAUGGAGUGCAGCGGAUCGUAUGUGGCGUCACAGAGCUCACCACGUGCCAGGAGGUGGUCAUCGCCCUGGCCCAGGCCAUUGGGCGCACUGGCAGGUACACGUUGAUCGAGAGAUGGCGGGAGACGGAACGUCACUUGGCUCCUCAUGAGAACCCUGUGGUGUCCCUCAACAUGUGGGGCCAGUAUGCCAGCGACGUGCAGCUGGUCCUCCAGCGCACUGGCCCCUCCCUCAGCGAACGUCCCAACUCCGACGGCACAUCCCGUGUGCCCGAGCGCGGCCUCUACCGCCAGAGCCUGCCUCCUCUGGCCAAGCUGCGCCCGUCGGCCAAUGACCGCUCACUCAAGCGUCGGGAUCCCAAACGUAAGUCCCUCACCUUCACGGCUGGGGCCAAGGGCUUGAGGGAUAUUUUUGGGAAGGGCAGAGAUGCCGAGGCCAAGCAGCAGCAGAGAGCACUGAACCAGGGCAGGGGGGUGGUGUCUGUGCCCCUCAGUCCAGCCCGGGAGCUGGUGCGCCUGGUCCAGCUGCAGAAAGACAAGCUCCAACUACUGGAGAGCCGGUUGCAGGGCUGUGAGGCGGAGCUACACGGCUGGGAAAGCGGUGAUGGUGGUAUGUGCGUCGAGGGUCAGGAGGGCGUCGGCGUGCUGGAGGAGGAGCUGGCGCGUCUGGAGCAGCAGCUGCGGAGGAACGAGGUGGAGAUGUCCGAGGAGGAGUUCUGGCAGAACGAGCUGCAGAUCGAGCAGGAGAGCGAGCGGCAGCUGAGGGAGCAGCUCCAGGAGCUGAUUGGACGGGUGCGGGAGUGUGAAGUCCGGCUGGGGGAGUACCUGACCCGUAUCCAGGGCAUGGAGGCUGGCCUGGAACAGGAGACUGAGCAGAGCAGGCAGGUGGACGAGGAGGAGGCCCGGGCCCAGCUGGGGAAGGUCAGGGCGGAGCUGGAGCAGCAGGUUCAACACAGUGUGCAGCUAGAGAGCAGCUGCAGGGCUGUGGACCGCUCCCUGGGACAGUCCAGCAAGAAACUACAGGAGAAGGAGCAUGAGUUGGAGCAGUUGACCAGGGAGCUGAGACAGGUGAACCUUCAGCAGUUCAUCCAUCAGACGGGCACCAAGGUCACCGUUCUACCAGCCCAGCCCAAUGACCAGAAGAAUAAGACCGACCUCCAAUCAGGCUCGCUGAAACGGCUGGGCUCCUCCCGCCUCCUCCCCAGUGACCUCCGGACUUUACAGAGUCCAGUGUCUUCAGGCCUCAACCCUGAAGGCAUCUACGUCUGACCCCUGACCUUUACCUUCUGCUGGCUACUAUCAGUGACCCUCUGCUGGAGUUGAGUCAGCUUCUCCCCUGGAGGAUCCAUCUCUUAUCAUCUCCAUUGGAGCUCCACCAGAGGAGGCUGGUGGGAGGAGCUAUAGGAGGACGGGCUCAAUGUAAUGGCUGGAAUGGAAUGGUACCAACCAUUACAAUGAGCACUUGCGCCGGCAGCUCAUCCCACUAGCCUCCUCUGAUCUCCACCCUGUCCUCCCACAAUGCCAUCCUUCCUUCUCUCUGCUGAGUUUUCUCCAGCUUCCACAAGAACAGAGACCCCCAACAGUUUUGUCAAGACUACAGGAUUUAGAAUGUUUGCCUCGUUUUGGCUGUUCUGCCACUGGUGGAGAGCUCGACCAUGUCCUUGCAUGACUGUUUGAAAAGCAUAGCAUCUUUUGAGGUACAGAAGGCCCAAUUUCAAACAGAACGUUUUAGCCUCACGUCUGUGCACUUCUCCAUCUCCUCUCGAAGAUUGAGUACCACGACUGAGUAGAUGUGAGAAAUAUGGUAUUAAUACCACCUAGCACCCUGUUACCAUCAUAUAGCAAGCUAAUGGUGCACAAUCACAGUCAUGUGUCAAAGUGCACGAUCACAGUCAUGUGAUGACUUAACUAAAGAGUCAACUGCUGCCCCUGGACAACCAUGAGGAAAUCCAGAUGUUUGUAGGGUUUGAGACUGAAGAAAGUCCCUUGGAGAUCAGGCGAUAUAGAGGAAAUUAAAAUAUAUUCAGACAACCAUGAUUUACAAAGACAGAGGUCUCACAAGUCUAAUGGCCAUUAGUUACUGAAACAGAUGGGUCAGAAAACCAUAUUUUACACAGAUAGGCCACCUUGUGUGAGACCUGUGGUGUGUAGCAGAGCCAUAUCUGACUGCCUUAUUAGAACUAGUUUUCUGUUUGAAAGACUUUAAGAACAGUAAAGGCUGUUAUAACAGAUACUUAUAGACAUGGCAGCUAUGCUCCAGAGAUCUGAUGCACCAUGUAUUGUCAACACAGCAGUCUAGUGACUAAUUGUUGAUCAGUUUUGUGAUUAUGUUUUUUGUGUGACUGAUGUCAAUAGCUGUAGAAUCUGGUCUGCCACUAGGUGGCAGAAUACAUCUCAUAAAACAUUUAGCUAGGAUCUUAAUGUUGGUCAUUUCAUAUUGAUUAUACAUGCAAAAAAAUGUUACAUUAUGCAAUUUAUGUGGUUACUCACUUUCAUCGUUGGAAUCUUUUAGUAUGCUGUACGUUUACCGUUGCACUUUUACUUUGGAAGGGCCUGUAGAAUUUGUACUUACCACUUAGUUUUUAGAGAUAAUGUCUUGUUUGUGUUGAGUGGUUUUCUUUUAUCAUUUGUAACCUCUUGGAAGAAUUGUGGGUUUGUCUAUUGUCUUACAUGGCUAAUCAUUUUUCUGAAGUUAAAAAGAUGUCUCACAUGAACCAAAGCAAGUUAGACAAUGUGAUUGGUAGUGGUCAACCUGAAUGUACUUAAUUUGUUAAAACAGAACGUGCUCUGUAAAUACCUUUACAGGGGCCACUGUAUCUGCCUCCACUUUAAAAGUGAUGCAUUUGUAAUGGUGAGAAUUGUUAUUGGACUGUAUCUGUCAAUAGAUCGAACUCCACUCUGUGGCUCUUCAGCCUCGGGAAGAGAGGAGAUAAAAGGUUGUUAUUUGGUUGUGGACUAGUUGAUACCAGGGAAACCCACCAACAGCAAAGCCGGUGGAGAGGACCGUGUGAGAUAAAAGGUUGUUAUUUGGUUGUGGACUAGUUGAUACCAGGGAACCCCACCAACAGCAAAGCCGGUGGACGCACGUCAAGGUCAUUAGACGGACCUAAAGCUCGUUCCAUUCAGUAUUAUUGAUGUCCUAGUUUGGAUCAUGAAGAAGGGUUGAGCUGUGUCACCGAAAUGUAAACCACUAACACAAGAACAAUGGCUCUUAACAACUUACACAGCGGAGACUAGCAUGCCUUACUGAAUUGUAAAUAAUCACUACAUAGUAUUGGAAUAUUUUUACAAUAUUUAAAAGAAUGCAUAAUGCUGACAAAGACAAUAGUUGUACGUAAAAUGAAUUAACUUUGGUUUUAUCCUGCUACUCUGUGGACAGCUUGGUGCAUGCACUGAUGGCUUGGUUUCAUUAAUGUUUUUGUAUUGUUGAAAUGACCAGAGGCUUACGAUGAUAGUGGAGUUAUAAGUAUGGAAGUAUAAUGUUUAUCACAGUGUAUGUUACUGACUGCAUGGCUCUGUCUUCUACAGUGGCAUGUCUUGGUCCCAGACCAGUGCAUUCACACAUAUGUCAGAAUAGGUCAGAGGACAUCGAAAUGCAAACCGUAAACAAAUAGGGUUUUUAAACCCUAAAAAGUGCCCCAUCUUUUGGUGGUUAUUAGACAAAACUUACCACUAAAUGCCCAAUGAUGCAGGGUUGUUCCACAUCAAAAAGCGCAAGAGGAUUGACACCAAUCUCCAGAUUUUUUUGAAAUCGUUUCAGUAGUGAGUAACUGAUACGAUUAGCAUUCCUGAAACAUUAUUUAAUCUGAGAAAUUAAGAUAAUUACUCCAAUUGUCCAUUUUAAUUCAUAAGAUUCAGAUAAUAUUCAAUAAACAAAGUACCUAACGUCUGGACCAAACUUCUUCCUACCAAUUAAUAUUUUUGGUCCAAAUUGGAUGUUGGGUACUUUGUUUAUUGAAUUUUAUCGGAAUCCUAUACAUUUAAAAUGGCCAAUUUGGGUGUAAUCAAUUAGCUUAAAUUUUCAGAGAUAAAAUUACAUUUCAACAAAAUAAUGUUUCAGGAAUGCCAAUCUUAACUGUUUCUAAAAAAAACAAUUUCUGAACAAUCUGCGAUGGUGGGUGUCAUUGCUCGCUAGAAUGACUCUGCACUGAAAUCUCUUGGGGUAAAAAUAAAUCUAAUCUACGCAUCUAUUAGGACAGGUCUUAAAUGUUGCACCAACAGCGUAUGGUUUUCUUAGAAGUCUUUUAAGGGCCCAUCUUUGUAAACAUGUCUGAAAUCAACGGUUUUUCAGACACAGAUUAAGGGCUGGAUUCAAUCUGUAGCGCUCUAGUGCGGUUUAAAUGUUUCUCAUUUCUGAUUGGGCCGACAUAUGCAGCGUUUACCAUGAAUGCGGUCUGAACAAACGCGGGAACAUUGCCUUUACAUCUCUAUUGUGCAGCCAAAGACAGUAACGUAGGUGCAAACUGCUUCUCCAAAAGAAAUCCCUGACCAUACUUGUUGGCGAUGUCAUGGCGACAUUGGCUAGCUAUGCUCUGUGCAGAAACACGUCAUCAGGUCUAACGGUCGUCUCGCACCGUACUGCGCAUGUGCAGGCCUCAAAUCAAAGGCACAAAAAUGUAAACGUGUUAGUUUGUCACUUUCACGAUGUUGGAGUAAUAACAUGUUCAACUACUUAAGAUAUUGUCUCGAAGCUAUGUUGUGCCUUUAAAUGGAGAACAACUAAUUCAUAAUUUCACUUCUCUCAUUGACUUCUCAAACCCCAGCCUGGUUUGCAUGGUCUGUUUCACAAGCUUUCCCGGACGUCUCUGGGUUUAGAAACUGUGGCGCAGCUCUUCAGCGAUACGGAUUAAAUCCAGCCUUAAACCUAGUUUUGGAUUGAGAAGAACGUUCAAUGGAGAAUCUCCCGUGAACACAGUUUUUAGUCUAGGACUAGGCUGACGAUGAGUCCGGAAAACCAGCCCAAAGUGUAAAUGAUUGGGAGGAAACUUUGCCAACAUGUCAGACAGAGCUGUCAUGUAUGAGAAUGUCAUGUUCUACUUUUCCCCACAAACAUCUGAGAGAAAUGACUUCAUUGUAAUAUGAAAUGCUUAAUACAUUUAAACCAGUGUUGAAA